CGCUCACCGCGCGGAAGAGCGCUGCCUUCCGCGGCGCAGGCGGCGCGUGGGCCAGGUGCCUGGCCGCGCUUCCUGGCUGACUUUCGCAGAAGCCGCAGCGUCUGAUGAGUCUCCCGCCUAAGGGAGGGGGCGCCUGCCCGGGACCCCGCGAGCCCGGCCUGCACCCAGGAGGGCAGCGGGGCUGACACCUCCCCUCCCCUCGCCUGGGACGCGAUGGGACUCACGGGGUCGGGGGCUGAAGGCGGGAGGGAGUGGAGCUGGUUGGCCACUGGUCCUCUCCGGCUGCUGCCAGGCUGACAAUCCUGAUGGGGGAGGGGGCCGCCGAGAGGUUGCCUGGGACAAAGGCCCUGGGCUCUUUGUCUGAGGCUCAGUGGGGCCCAAGGCUGGCCCGAGCUGUAAACACACUCCUCCGCCAGGCGAGUCCUGCUAUUCUGCCCGGAGACCCCAGGCCGGCGCGGCAGCCGGAGCCCCUCAUAGUCUCAGCGCUGUCUGUGUGGAUCAGCAGCAAGGACGUCUAGAACCUGCACUGCCCAAGUCUGACUGACCCAGAGCGGGGUUUCUUCUUCCUGCCCACCACAAGCCCUGCAGGAGCAAAAGCCGAAAGUCUGAAUGAAUGCAUGGCUGGACAAGGACGGGGCCAGGGUUCACCUGGGCCCUGGUCUAGGUCUCCCUGGAAGCUCCUGGUAACAAACAGCCCCUCCCCUCUGGCUGCUAGUAUCCAUGGCAACCCUGUAGAGCCUUUCUCUCCAUAGGCCUGCCUGUACUUCAGGCCUCAGGUGAGUGUUGGGGAGGACCCUGGCUCUGAGGGGACAGAGAUCGCACCAGUGAAGGACCAGCACCUUUGGGGACCCAUUCUCUAGGCUGGGGGACAGGUGUUCAGGUCCUGGAGGCAAAGGUGACAGGGAGGAGACGACAGGGGAUGGCUGAGCACCCAAAGAUGUGCCGGGGUGGGGGUGCCCUGCUGCCCCGCCCUGCUCAGAAACGCGUGGGUGUAGACACUCGGGUGACUGGUAGUGUGCCAUUCAGUGGGGCAGACACACACGCACAUUCACACACACACACACACACACACACACACACCCCUUCUUGGAGAGUGACACCCCAUGAACCAGCAGUACCAUCUGGGGCUGUCAUACACAAGCUUGGCCAUGUAAGGAGAGCCCUGCAGACUGCACACACACCAGACCUAGCGUAGCCCCACCACCCCUCCUCCCAGCACCCCCAGCAACAUCAAGAAUGGCCCCCAAGUCUUGUCAAGAGGCUGAAGACGCUGAGGAAGAGGCUCUCGCGUCCCUGGUGGACCGAGAACCAGUGAGUGGCCAUGUGGGGCCUCCAGCGGGUGCCGCUGCAGACCUGGUGGCUCCCACACGCCCUCAGAACGCCAAGCCCAGCUCCACCAGGAUAGUCUCCUCCAUCAACCUGCAGUCGGCCUUGGAGUCCCUGGACCCCCGCACCCUACAGCUGCUCUGGGGGCAGAGGGAGUUGGAGAUCCAGGCCCUGCGGUGGGCCAUCCAGAAUCAGCAUGAAGCCCGGCACUGCCGCAUCCUGCAGGAGGUGGCUGGGCUUCCGGCCGAGAGGAGCUUGAGAAGUCAGGAUAAGUUCCUGCAAAACCAGGUCCAAAAGCUGACUUUGGAGUUGAAAGCGCAGAAGGAAAAGGCCCAACUGGAGAAGGAGCGCCUGGAGGAGCGGCUGCAGCAGACAGGGGAUGCGCUGCAGCAGCUGGAGGCCGAGCUGCAGGCCUUCCAGAAGUCCUGCCUCCUGCAGCUGGCCCGCUCCUCCUGGGUGGGCCGCAUGCUGCGGUCUUCCACGGGCAGCGUGGAGGUGGUGACGGCAGAGACCCUGAUGGACCUCAGUGACUUCUCUGAGAACGAUCAGGCCACUGCUGGGGAGGGUUUCCGGCUGGAGGAUGUGGACUGGAACAGCAUUGCCCACCGGUACCCUAACCUCUUCACCAACCUCGAGUCCAACUCAGAUCAAAAGCACCCCCGGACCCCGCAGCUCCCAACAGCCUCACCGCCUGACCAGUGGAGCUCAGAGCUGUGCUGUAGGCACCAGGAGUACAAUCUCAAGAGUGUCGAGUGGAGCUCCCUGCCCUUGGUGGGCACCAGCAGCUCCGGGGGCGCUGACUCCGAGUCCAGCAACAGCCAGCUGGUGGCGCAUAAUCGUGUGCAUAAAGUGACAGGGGCCCGUCCCCCAGUGCCUGGCCGCACUGCCAAGCAGGUGGAGGCACGGGCACAGAGCCUCUGCAGGGACAGUCAGGCAACAUUCGAAGGGUACUGCGGGCCGGAUCCGGCCUCACAGGAGAUGUCCUCGGUGGACCCUGGACCCUCCAAAUUGGGGUCCCCCUCCCAGGCAGUCUGCCUCUCCCUGCAUCUCCAGAAAACCCGCUCAGACAAGCAGGGCAAGAAUGGCCAGAAGCCUGAGUCUGGGGUGGAUUCCCAUCUCUGGCCUUCCGGGCGCUGUCCAAGCCCCAGUCCCUCGAGCGCCUGCCUGAAGAUCGUGGCGGUUAGCCGCCGCCAGAGGUUCGUGCGCAUCCUCAACCAGUCGCUGGAGGAGACGGUGGACCUGGGCGGCUUCGUGCUGCAGCAGCUGGUGCUCGACUUCCCUGUGUGCAUGUACCGCUUCCCACCCAGCACCCUGCUGGCUCCGCGGCACCACAUCACGGUGUGGGGCGAGGGGCCCUGCAGCACCAGGCGGCAGCAGCCCUCUUCCUCGGGCCAGGAGCCCGUCCACUUCCACUCCAGCCGAGGCUGUGCCACCCUCCUCCUGAAUCCCCAAGGCGAGGUCCUCAGCGAGCACCAGUCCCCACACUGCGUGACCCCAGUGUCCAGGAUCUUCGCAGACAACACCGACUUGUCCAUCGACAGUUUCCCGCUCUCAGAGGCCCGGCCCGGAGCUGACCUUGCGGAGCAUCAGCCCCAGCCUCGACCCCCGCGCAAGGGUCGGGUGCGGGAGGCCCGGGCUGGGCGCCGGAGGCCGGGGCCGCGGGUCCGGUUGCCCCCCCUGAGUACCACCAAGCUCCUCCGCCAGCGGGAGGCGCCAGUAUGGCCCAAGGACGCGGCCCAGACCCACCCAGAGCUCUUGCCCGCCAUCCCCAUCCCCGAGGUCGGGGUGGGCCUCCAGGACUGCCAGGGUAGGAAGGAGCACAAAGUCCGGGUGUGCCGGAAGAGGGUGGACCACGGCUGUCCCAUGGUGACGCUGUCGGUGCAGAGCACGGCUGAGAGCAGGUUCGGCUUCCGCUUCCUCAGCUGCCCGCCCAUCACCGCGGACAGUAGCUGGCCGCUGUAGGGCCGGGCCGGGCGGCGGUACCGACGGCUGCGCCCCUGCGUAUCCACGACUGUUGCGGUGGGGCAGGGAGAAAGCACGGGAGGCAGACGGCGCUGG